GUGAGGCAGGCAGGCAGGGGGGAGGAGGGAGAAUCUGGGAAUCCAUCAGCCAGAGCGAGCCCACCGAAACCGGGGAGGCGGGGGGAGAGAGCACCCGCCGCGAAACAGGACCUGGGACCAUGAUGAAGUUUCGCUUCCGCCGGCCGGGCAACGACCCGCAGCGGGAGAAAGUAAAGCUGGAGCUGUUUGCCUUCAACAAGACAGUGGAACAUGGAUUUCCAAACCAGCCAAGCUCUUUAGCCCAUGAUCCAAAGCUACGGCUCAUGGCCAUUGCAACCAAAUCAGGAGCUGUGAAAAUCUAUGGAGCCCCAGGUGUGGAGUUUACAGGGCUACACAAGGAAGCAGCCACUGUGACACAGAUGUACUUUUUACCAGGACAGGGUAGUUUGUUGUCUCUGCUGGAUGAUAAUUCUGUUCACCUGUGGGAAAUUAACCAAAGGAACAGCUAUUCUUACCUGGAGGAGAUUCGCACUCUAACACUUCCUGGACGCCUUGGGUUCGACUGUGCUAAUUCUCCCAGCAUUACUAGAAUUACUGUGAUCCUGUUGAAGUCUUGCUGUAGCAUAGCAUGUUUGGGGACAGAAGGUGGAGGUGUGUAUUUCCUGGAUUUACCAUCACUGCAGCUAUUGGAUGGCAAAACUCUGUUUCAGGAUGAGGUUUUGCAGAGUCUUCCAGAUGACUACAAGUGUGGAAAAGCUCUGGGACCAGUUGAAUCACUCCAGGAACAUCCAACUGAUCCAGAGAAGAUCCUGAUUGGCUAUAGCAGAGGCCUAGUGAUACUUUGGGGCCAGGUGACACGGUCUGUGGAGAAUCUGUUUCUAGGCAACCAGCAGCUUGAGAGCAUAAGCUGGGAAAGGAGCAGCAGGACAUUUGUUACCUCUCACAGUGAUGGAGCCUACAUGGUAUGGGCAGUCAACAGUUCAAAGUGUAAGACUCAACCCCUCACCUCUUCCAUACCUUACGGUCCAUUCCCUUGCAAAGCUAUCAAUAAAAUACUUUGGAGAACAUCAGAAACAGGGAGCCCUUUUGUAAUCUUUAGUGGUGGGAUGCCAAGAGCCAGCUAUGGGGACAGGCAUUGUAUCACCAUAAUGCAGGGCAAGGUCCAAGUAACAUUGGACUUCACUUCACGAGUGAUAGACUUCUUCACUGUGCAUAACAUUGACCCUGAACAAGAGUACGACAACCCCACAGCUCUUCUAGUUCUGGUGGAGGAAGAACUGGUGGCGGUGGACCUACAGACUCCAGGUUGGCCCACUAUUACUCCACCUUAUCUUGCACCACUUCAUUCCUCUGCCAUCACUUGUUCCUAUCAUAUUUCCAAUAUCCCAGUCAAACUUUGGGAGAGACUUCUCUGUGUAGGGAAGCAGCAGAACCCUCCACAUUCAGCAGUGGAGUGGCCUAUUAAUGGUGGGAAGAAUUUGGCUCCAGAACCCCUCCAUAAUGAACUACUUUUAACUGGACAUGAGGAUGGAUCAGUCCGUUUCUGGGAUGCAUCUGGUGUGUCACUGAAAUCUCUUUAUAAACUGACCACAGCAAAUAUUUUCCAGACAGAGGCAGACCACAAUGAAGGGUUUGCACAGUCUGGUGAGGAGGAGUGGCCUCCGUUCCGCAAGGUUGGCUGCUUUGACCCCUACAGUGAUGAUCCCAGACUAGGAAUUCAGAAAAUCUCCCUGUGUAAAUACAGUAGUCAGCUGGUGGUUGCUGGCACAGCAGGACAGGUUCUAGUUAUGGAAUUCAAUGAUGAAAAGUCUGAACAAAAGAUCAGCUUGUCUUCAGUAGACCUUCUUCAGGAUCGAGAGGGUUUCACGUGGAAAGGUCAUGAGAGGUUGAUCCCAAAAAGUGGUCUCGUCAGCUUUGCAUCUGGUUUCCAGCCCAGCUUCCUGGUUCAGUGUAUUCCACCAGCUGCUGUGACAGCAGUGACUCUGCACACUGAAUGGCAGCUUGUGGCAUUUGGCACCAGUCAUGGUUUUGGUGUCUUUGAUUACUACAGACAGCAGGCAGUAUUAGCCAGGUGCACACUGCAUCCGAAUGACUCUCUGGCAAUGGAGGGCCCACUCUCCCGGGUGAAAUCACUGAAAAAGUCGUUACGUCAGUCAUUCAGGAGGAUACGAAAAAGCAGAGUGUCUGGGAAGAAACGGUUGACUCCUAGCAGCCCUGCCAGCAAGGUCCAGGAAGCAAAUGCCCAACUUGCUGAGCAGGAUUGUCCACGUGAAGUGGAGGUGACUCCAGUACAGAGACGGAUAGAGCCACGGUCUGCCGAUGAUUCUUUAUCAGGUGUUGUCCGCUGCCUUUACUUUGCUGACACCUUUUUGCGAGAUGCCACACACCAUGGUCCAACGAUGUGGGCAGGAACUAAUGCUGGGUCGGUUUAUGCUUAUGCUCUGGAGGUUCCAUCCAGAGAGAAGUGGAUGGAAAAAUCUGCAGAGGCAGUAUUGGGUAAAGAAAUUCAGCUAAUGCACAGAGCCCCUGUGGUAUCAAUUGCAGUAUUGGAUGGACGAGGAAACCCUCUUCCUGAGCCAUUUGAAGUCUCUCGUGAUCUUGCUAAAGCUCCAGAGAUGCAAGGCAGUCAUUCUGUGCUAAUUAUUUCUGAAGAACAGUUCAAGGUGUUUACGCUGCCAAGGGUGACUGCUAAGACUAAGUUCAAACUUACUGCCCAUGAAGGUUCUCGGGUGCGGAAAUUGGGGUUAAUGAGUUUCCCAAGUGUGGCCUCAGAUGACUAUUCAGAGAACUGCCUGGUGUGUUUAACGAAUCUGGGAGACAUUCACAUCUUCACAAUUCCUGGGCUGAGACCACAGAUGCGCUAUGAUUGCAUCAGGAAAGAAGACAUCAGUGGCAUUGCUUCGUGUGUUUUCACAAAGACAGGCCAGGGAUUUUACUUGAUAUCUCCAUCUGAGUUUGAGCGAUUCUCCCUGUCUGCCAGGAAUAUAACUGAGCCACGUUGUGUGGUGGAAUUGGAAGGUUCGAGAGAUCACUUGACCCCAGUCACUAGUCCACACAAUAACUUGCAAGGAUCCCCUAAAAUGAGCCAAGCGAAUGGAACUCACAAACUUCAGAGCAAAGAGGAAUGCAAUUCAUUGGGGGCUGCUGAUGGAAUGCUUGAAGAUUUACAACUCCCAUUGUCCCAGACUCCACUUGACUCUCCCAACAGUAGUGCUGAUAUCACUUUGGACACAACUGGUGACCUAACAGUGGAGGAUGUCAAAGACUAUUUACCGGAAUGUUAGAAUUUGUGAACUGAAGACGCCUUGUGACCUUAUGUGAUUGGCUUGACAGAAGGGGAAUUGUACCAGCUUUCACAGUCCAAGCUUCAUUCUGGGAUCAUGGCCAUUGAUGUGGAUAGUUUGAAUUGUCAUAUCUUCAGUGCCAAAAGACAUCUUUUUAGAAAGAUCCUUCUCUGAAGCUACAUACCAGCUGCCUCCUGUCUGCCUGCACCAAUACAAAAACUUUUACAACACUAAACAAUAUAAAACUGACUUUCUGAAGUGUGCGUAUCACCUCUUGUACAUUUUGUGCUAUUUUUAAUCUCUGCUCUCUGCAUGAAGGAGAAACACAUCUGGGAAACAUUUGCUCAUCUCAAGUUUAUGCUCUUGAUUUUCCCCACUAUUUUCCUGCUUGAGAACCAGUUUCAAAGCAUUGCAUCAUUCUCAUUGUUCGCAGACUCUGAAUUGCAGUCAGAAACAGCUGAGGAUCUUUUGCCUUCCAAGAGCUUUGUGACUCUGCAUUCUUUGUAGUUUUGUAUACUAGCCUCAAUGAAUUGGAAAUAAUGGAACCCUUUCAGAAUUCAAAGGGAGUAGAAUUCUCUUCAUUAAUCAUAGGCUUUUAAAAAUCUUAUUUUUACAGUUGUGGUUUAUUGCUGAUUUUAGGAUUAUGAAAACACAGUUGAAAAAAAAUCUGUGAAUCUCUGAAUUGCUGCACCAUUGGAUUCCUAGUGCAGGGAAUACAGAUUCUGCUUACCCUCCCAUAGCCAGUUGGAUAAUGUGUACUUUUGCAUUUUGAACAAGUCCGGUGUAUAUAUCUUCAAGGAGUUACCUGUCUUUUUUGCUCAACGUAUAAUGUGAUAUUGCUCCAAUCAGAAAUUCAAAAAAGCAGGAGUCGGGUCCAACUGUAAGUUUGUGGAGUCUAUUUUAAAUGCUUGAAAUAGUUAAUGUAAAAUUGACCCUUUAAGUCUGUAGUGUGAAUUACCAUGCACUUGCAUCCUAAGUAACUCAGCUUGAUAACACCUCACUGCAGUAUACAUGCAUUCUGUAACACCAAUUUUGUAUUAUUUUUAAACUUGUUUUUAAUGAAUUGUGCAAUUUUCACCAGUUAAAUUCCAGCAACCAGUUUUUUUUUUCUCCCUUGUGACCACACCAACCCCCCUGCCCCCCCACCCCUAAACACUUGAAUAGAUCUCUCUGGGUUCACAUUAUUCUUUUCAGUGUUGAUCAUGAAAUUAAAUUGCAGGCAUUUGCUGCUAUAUCUCUUCUGGACAGUUUCUAUAUGAUGCAAGUCUUAACUUCACAGAUGAAGUUUUCAUCUGUUGAAGAAUCUAGAAUUGUUGGCAAAGUUUGAAUAUUUAAAAUUAUCUGAUCAUGUUGAAGUCUUCCUGGGCAAUUGAGUUUUUUCACUGGUUGAGGUGAUUAGACAAGCCAAAUAGGGGCAGUGUCUGCUUGCAGUGCAUGUCAAGAACAUGCACGGAGUCACAAAUAGCUCUCUUUGUGAUAGAAGGAUGCUGCCUUGGUAUGAUUUCACUUCACACUCAGUCCCUGUGUAAAUACUGCUAAUAUUUCUAGUGUUCCAAACUGACAGUCUGAACAGGAUGGUAAAAUUUGUAAAUAUGCCUCCUUUAUUGUUGAAGGAUCUCCUGUAAUUUCUACAUGGUUUUGUCCACUAGAUUGUUCAUUUCCUGGUGGAAAGCAAUGAGCAUUUAAUUCUUUUCCCAUUGGUCUUUUACAUUUUGGAGGCUACAUUGGUAUGGACAUGACAGACCCUAUGAAAACUUGUUUUUUUUAAAAAUUAUCUGUGCUGUUUACACUAACAUUUUGUAGUAGAAUGUUCAGUUACAGAAACACUCCAUUACAUUACCUAAUGGAUUUUUCUUUUGACAGAAAUAAAGUAUUC